AUGGAAAAUAAUUUGGAAAUAGGUAUCUGUCCCCCUGGCUUUCGAGAAUGUCAGAACGGCAAAUGUUAUAAACCAGAGCAAAGCUGUAAUUUUGUAGAUGACUGUGGAGAUGAGACUGAUGAAAAUGAAUGUGGUACCUCCUGUACUUUUGAGAGAGGCUGGUGUGGCUGGCAAAACUCCUUGGUUGAAAACUUUGAUUGGGCUUUGGGAGUUGGCUCUCAUCAAACCCUAAGACCUCCCAAAGACCACACACUUGGAAACAAAAAAGUGCGCAGGCGCCAGCGAGGGGCUCCCAGCGUGCACUGGGCUCGAGCGCGGUCCCCCGGACUGACGGCCAGCCGACCCUGCGGACAGACGGGCCACAAAGCAUGUCGCCCUGCGCCUGCUGAACCGCGAGCGCCCGAGGAUGUCAGCGCUGAGGAAGGUCUGUAUGAGCUGUUGGCUGUUGUGCCAGGCCGGCUGGGGCCACGUGUGGACAGCCAGGAAGACCUGACCUUCCUCUGGGAUAUGUUUGGUGAGAAAAGCCUGCAUUCACCGGUAAAGAUCUUCACAAUAUCCUGGGUAGCCUUAGGUUGUGAGGUGGAAGUCUCUACUCUUCUGUGGCUGCUGUGGCCAAGACUUCCAAUACUGUGUUAGCAUCCUCGCCUUGUUCCUGAUGUUAAGCAGGAAGCUUUUCCCUGUUGAGCAUGAUGCUAGCUGUGCACUGGUCAUACGUGGCCUUACAUUUUGAGGUACAUUUGGUCUAUACCCACUUUGUUGAGUUUUUCUGGGGUUUAAUCCUGGUCUUUCAUUGGGAACAUGUUUAUCUGUUUCCUCAUGUUGCCUGACUUUGUAUGUAUGUAUGUCUUUGUGUUAGGUGAAACAGCUAUCUCUUCUAGUCCUGAAGGUGUGGCUGUGUGUGGGUGAACAUUUUUGUUUAUAGUAGCCUUGCUUCAGUGUUUGGUUGUCUCUCAUACUGUUUCCCCAAUUAUUCUAGACCUGUGGGGCUCACAAACACAAUCCACCCUGGCCCCAGAGUCUCAUAUUCAGUAGGCAUCCCCUGUGUGGGUUGCAUGUACCUGCUGGCUUGGAGGCCUCUGGCAGUGGGAGUGUAACUAGAGGUCAGGGCACUGGCCUCCUGCUUCUGGCAGGGCCGUGGCAGCAGUAUGGAGGGGGAAGGAGGUACUAGAAGGUUAUGGGAAUGCAAAAAUAGCUCCUGCCAGCAUUGGCAGUAGCAAGGUAGAGAAAGCGUAAAUAUGGCACCCUCCGGUAUCUUUUGUCUUUGGAGGGAAUCUGAGUGGGCUUUUGCCCUUCUGGUAGAUGCUUUAAGAUUAGCAAAUGGAACCCCUUCACAUCUGGUCUAGGCUCCUUUCAAACUGGUGCUUUUGUACUGGGUCCUGAGGCAAAUGAGUCUGAUUGUGAGCCCUGUAAAAGCAGAGCCUGCACUCAGUACAGCCCUAGGAGUCUCCUGGACGGAAGCUCCACUGGUUUCCAAAGCCAGGUGCUUUGGGGGCUGUCUGUCUGGUGCAUCUCCCAUGGGUCAUGGUGCCUGAUGAGUAGUACAGAUUCCCUCCCUCAG